CUCUCCAACCAAAAAUGAAGAGUGGAAGACUGCCCUUCACACCAUCUCUUCUGCUUACGGUGAUCAUGAUGAUGGUCAUGUUCCAUGACACUAGCUAUGCAAAGCAGAGUGUCGAUCUCUGUUCUUCUUCAUGCGGCGAUAUCCAUAAUAUCACCUCUCCUUUCCGACUAACAAGUGAUCCGUUGAGCUGUGGCGAUGUAAGGUACAACCUUUCUUGCGAGAACAACCUUACACUAGUCAUACGCUUGCCUGUUGAGUCAAUAGAUGCUGGACAAGGUCAUGUCAUGUCUAAAAAAGGCUUCCCAGAAUACCAAAUAUACAACGUAAAGGCCAUAAAUUACAACAACUACACAAUUCGACUCGUCGAUCCCAAUAUUACGAAAAAUAACAAUUCCUCCUCCAUCCCCAAAAAUACCUUCUACGAGGGGCAACUUUAUAGUUUGCCCGGUACUAAUCCUCCGUACGAAACUGUUAUGAGGUCGGGCUUAUUACGCGGCUCCUUCAUUCUCCAAUAUGCCGUUCCGAUCAAGAAGGAAGUACUACUCAUAUUACUUGGUAUUGGACAAUAA